AUGGCAAAGGUUCAUCCCCAAGUACUUGUUGCCUCUUCAACUUCCUUUAAGCAAGAAGUUUUCACUAUAUGGAUGAAAUCUUUAAUUUUUGGCAGUAAUGGUUGCACUGUAUUUGAUUCAAACGGCCAAAUUGUGUAUCGCGUGGAUAACUACAAUCACAAAUGUAGUGAUGAAGUUCAUCUCAUGGACAGGGUGGGCAAAGUACUGUUCACGAUAGUUAAAGAGGGAUACAGAUGUGGUACAGAUCUUAACAAGGAAAUGCCUGUGUUUCAAGUAAGAAGGACCUUUGGAAUUCUUAGAGGGGACUCAGUGUGUGAGGUUGAUGUGGGGUUGGAUAAAAAUCAAAGACAGCAGUAUAGGAUGGAAAUUUGGACCAGGAAAUCAUCAUGCAAGAUAGUUGAACCCUUGGGUGAGCUUGUUGCCGAGGUAAAGAGAAAAAUAUCAGCAUGUGGAGUUGCUUUAGGGGAAGAUGUUUUAACAAUGGUCGUGGAGCCAUACGUUGAUCAGUCUCUUAUUAUGGGGAUCAUUGUUGUUUAUG